AUGCCGUUGUCGUGUCGAUUUUAUCAGGAGAAAUAUCCUGAAGUAGAAGAUGUAGUUAUGGUAACUGUGAGAUCUAUAGCAGAGAUGGGCGCGUAUGUCCAUCUGCUAGAGUACAACAACAUCGAAGGCAUGAUCUUGUUGUCGGAGUUGUCGAGAAGACGUAUUAGAUCAAUCAACAAACUCAUCAGAGUUGGGAAGACUGAACCUGUUGUAGUUAUCAGAGUAGACAAAGAAAAAGGUUACAUAGAUUUGUCAAAACGACGUGUUUCUGCAGAAGAUAUAGAGAAAUGUACAGAGAGAUUUGCUAAGGCUAAAGCAGUAAAUUCAAUACUGCGGCAUGUUGCUGAGCUAUUGCACUAUGAGAGCUCAGAACAACUUGAAGAGUUAUACAAAAAGACUGCUUGGCUUUUUGAAGAAAAGUAUAAGAAAAAGGCUUCUGCUUUUGAUUUUUUCAAACAAGCUGCAGUAGAUCCUUCAGUCCUCAAUGAGUGCGGGCUUGAUGAAAAAACCAAACAAGUGCUUCUAGAGAAUAUAAAACGAAAACUCACUUCACAAGCUGUCAAGAUUAGAGCAGACAUUGAAUGUGCCUGCUAUGGAUAUGAGGGAAUUGAUGCUGUGAAAGCUGCACUUAAAGCGGGCCUCUCAUUAUCUACGCCUGAAAUGCCAAUCAAGAUCAACUUAAUAGCUCCACCUUUAUACGUCAUGACGACGUCAACACCUGAAAAGACAGAUGGUCUCAAAGCUCUACAAGAUGCCAUCGACAAAAUCAAAGAAACAAUAACAGUAUCUGGUGGUGUGUUUAAUGUACAGAUGGCACCCAAAGUGGUCACAGCGACUGAUGAGGCUGAAUUGGCGAGGCAAAUGGAGCGCGCAGAAGCGGAGAACGCAGAGGUGGCUGGCGAUUCCGCAGAUGAGGGUGACGACCAAGGUAUGGGCGACGCCGGCGACGAAGAACCUCAGCAAAAUGGUGCUUCCGAUGAGGAGGAUGAAAAUUAA